UGAAGAAAAGAUUGCUGUGUAUACCCCAGAAGGAGCCAUGACAUGCAUAUACAAAAAGCUGUUUGGCUUUGCUUCCACAUGUGUACCUCCAGAUACAGAUCUGCGCACAGUCCUGUGUGUCCCCUUAAAUUUUUCGAAGUGUAGUCGUCGGGCACUGGCACAUGCAGCGGAAGAUGCAGGAUUCGAUGUUCUGCAAGUAAUUAGUGAACCUAUAGCAGCCUUGCUUGCUCAAGGCUAUGGUGUUGAGUCCCCAGAUGAGAGAGGGAAAUGGAAGUUGGAUCCAAAUGAUAGUCGGCGUGCUAUGGCUAAAUUGUACAAUGCUGCAGAGCAGUGCAAACACAUUUUGUCCACAAUGAGUACAGCUCAUUGUUUUAUUGGGUCUUUGUGUGAAGGAACAGACUUUAGCUACAAUGUUACAAGAGCACGAUUUGAAAAUUUGAUUAGUGCAGCUGUGAAAAUGUGCACUGCCCCCAUAGAAGAAGCACUGAGCCAAGCAGGUAUCAAUUGCAGAGACAUAAACAAGGUGCUCCUGUGCGGUGGAUCUGCGAAAAUCCCGAUAAUUCAGCAAUCUGUCUCAGAAAUGUUUCCCAAUUCAGAGUUAUUAUGUAGUGUAAAUCCUGAUGAACUGAUUGCCCUGGGUGCUGCGAAGCAUGGUAGUUAUCUGAAAGAACCAUUUGACCCAGGUUGUGAUCAUCUAUCAUAUGAUAUCCCAGUUGUAACAAAAUCAAUUUUUAUGAAGGCAAACGAUGAUAAAGUGUUGGUUAUACCAGCACAGACACCUGUUCCGGUCAAGGUCACAAAGAGACUUCCAUUGACACUCUCAGGAGAGAGUAUAGUAGUUCAGGUUCUUGAAGCUGAUGAUGAUGAUGAUGAUGAUGAUGAGGAUACAGACAAAGAACAGGGAGCUGUAGUUUUGGGAAAUGUAUUUUAUAAGACGGAGAAAAACAUUUGUGUUGCAGUUUUGAUUGCUGCAUGA